AUGGGCUUGGCUGUCACAGAAAGGCUCGUUGAAUUGGGCUGGAACGUCACCAUAGUCGACUUCAAUGCGCCAAAGGGUGAGGCCGUCGCGAGCAGACUGGGACCCCAAGUUCUCUUCGUAAAAGCCAACGUUGCGAACUGGGACCAGCUCUCAAAGUCUUUCGUGGAAUCAUGGCAGAAAUGGGGCAGACUUGACUUUGCUACUGACGUGACCUGCCAGGGCAUUGGCGAUCGUAUCGACUGGUAUGCACCGGCCAAGGAACUUCCGGAUGGAUCGCCAGAAAAGCCAGACACGUUGGUCGCAGAUAUCUGCCUGACGUCACCUGUCUGGUGUAGUUAUCUAGGUAUGCAUUAUUUUCGAAAGAACGCCAAGCCAGGAGGAAGAAUUGUCUUUACUAGCAGCCAAUGUGGACUCUAUCCUGGGCCAAGUAUCCCCAUUUACACCGCCGCUAAACAUGGGGUUGUGGGGUUGACUCGAGCCAUGGGUGCGCGGUUAGAGCAGCUCAAAGAGCCCAUCACUGUCAACUGCAUUUGCCCGGGUCUCGUGCCGACCAACAUCAUGCCAGAAGCAAUUUCCAAUGCCACACCUCCGGAGUUCGUCACGCCCUUGAGCACGAUUGUGCGUGCUGUAGAGGGCUUUUUUGCAGAUGAGGAGGGCAAGUAUCAGGGCCAGGUUGCUGAAUGUAGUGGCGAGAGCAUAGUAAUGAGACCUCAGAACGAGUACAAAGAUGAUGCUACCAGAUAUAUCUACUCCGAUUCUGCCUACGCAAAGGCUGAUCGAGAGCAGGUUAUGAAGGAACUACUCGAGAAACGCGCAGAAUUGGCUCAAAGUAUAGCUAGCGUGGCAUAA